AUGUCAGUUUCAAAAAUUCCAAUUCCUCAAAUUAUUAAAAUUGGUGUAUUAAUUGGUGCCCAAGGAUGUAAUCUCAAACCUAUUGCCGAGAAAACCAGUACAUCCAUUCAUGUAAACACAAAAGUGAAUCCAGCACUAAUUGAAAUUAGAAUAAAUUGGGACUAUAAUUCAAGUUCGCUACCACCAUCUGAAAAUGGAAUUAACAAAGCAAGAGAUCAAUUAAAUAUUUUAAUAAAUAAAUUAUUGAAACAGCUCAAAAACCUCAAAGACCUCAAAAACUUCAGAGAACCCAAAGACUUUAAAGAUCUCAAAGACCUUAACGACCUCAAAAACUUCAAAGACCUCGAAUGUCUCAAAGAAUUUAAAGUGCCUGAAAGUCUCAAAGAAUUUAAAGAGUUUGAAUGCCUUAAAGAAUUUCAAGGGUUUAGAUUAGGGAU